UGAAGGCAGUACAGUCAUAGACACAGUCAGCAACACCACAGAGCUGUCUGUUUCUUACACAAACACAUUUUCUACUCCACCUUUUUAACAUCACUUUUCAACCCUUCUCACUUUAUUGGUCACCUUGCCGGAAAAUCAAGAAAGUAUAAUUUUCCGGCAACAAGAAAGAAGAUGUACUCUGCUAUUCAUUCACUCUCUGAAAUGGAUGGGGAUGGAGAGUUUCAUGGGUCAUUAGAUGGGUCCAAUGUAGUUGUUGGUGGAGACCCACGCCUGGUGUUGACCACGGAUCCUAAGCCAAGACUCAGAUGGACUUCGGAGCUCCAUGAUAGAUUUGUUGAUGCUGUUUCUCAACUUGGUGGCCCUGAUAAAGCAACGCCGAAGACCAUUUUGAGAACAAUGGGGGUCAAAGGCCUCACCCUUUAUCAUUUAAAGUCGCAUCUUCAGAAAUACCGGUUGGGAAAGCAAUCAUGCAAGGAGUUAGCCGAGAAUUCUAAAGAUGCAUCAUGUAUCGCAGAGAGCCACGACACAGAUUUAUCCACAUCAGCAUCGUCAAGAAUAGCGGCACAAAAUCUGAAUGAUGGCUACCAUGUUACCGAGGCUUUGCGAGUUCAAAUGGAAGUUCAGAAACGGCUGCAUGAGCAGCUUGAGGUGCAGCACAGACUUCAGCUACGAAUCGAAGCACAAGGGAAAUACUUGCAGUCAAUUCUUGAGAAAGCUUGCAAGGCCCUCAACGACCAGACUCUGGCCUCUGUGGGGCUUGAAGCUGCCAGGGAAGAGCUUUCUGAACUGGCUAUCAAGGUUGCAAAUGAUUGUCAGCAAGUGAUGACAGUUUCUUCACUGUCUGACGUGGCUGCAACUCUAGAAAGAAAAAAUUUGACCAAUAUGCAUGCUAGAAUUGGUGACUGCUCUGUUGACAGCUGCUUGACAACAAAUGAAAGUCCAGUUUCUCCAAUUGGCGUGAGAUUGCAGGCUGGUGCACUGAAAAAGAGGCCGAGGCCGAGGCCAAUUUCAAGUGAUGCUGAUUUGUCUCCUUUACAGAGCAGUCUGCCACAAAUGGAGUGGAUGAUGAGUGAUAUAAGCUAAAACAUAAUAUGUUUGUGACCCAGAAAUAGAUGUUUAUCAUUCUAUAUCAUCAUAUGUUGUGUCUCUCUUGUUCAAUGGUUUAUUAAAUGAUUAACCCAGGCCAGUUGCCAACUGUAGAAAUAGCGGUUUUAUUCAUUGUUAAAUCACAUCUAAACUUGGGACUA